AAUGAAAAAGACGCAGAUGCCAACUAGCACGUACAAUUUAUUUUAGUUGUGCAACGAAUAAUUAAUUUCUAACAAAAGUUAUACACAUUCGAAGCAUUUCUAGCUAAAAGAAAAGGCGUAACGGAAUUUUGCUUUGACUAAAUUGCUAAGAUUUAGCUAUUGCGUGUAUUUUAUUUACUGUUACAAAUAAAAUAUGUUGAAAAUUAAAUAAUACCAUCAGAAUUAAUUUAUUUUUUAUGAAUAAAUUCAAAUUAAUAAAGAUGAUGAAACAUGACAACACUAUCGGAACAAGCGGAACCGUGUUGCUGUGGGGACAGAUUUAUUGACGGACCGAUCCCUGAACACCCGCUUCAUUCGGUUCACGUGAGAAGAGAUCGCCAUGCCGACGGACACCAAACGUGUACGCGGGCCCGAGGUGUCUCAAAGCCCGUCUUUGUUUGACUGCAGACCCUCUGUGGUUCCCCCGUCGCAUGGGGCCCGAGCGGACGGCCGCCAGCGGGACCAGGUGGACGUCCGGCCGGUGUUUGUGCGCUGCGGCCUGGUGAGUCAAGCUAAAGGUUCCGCGUACAUAGAAGCUGGAGACACCAAGCUGCUGUGCAGCGUUUACGGCCCGAGAGAGACGGAGCGGAAAGAUGAGACUGACAUGAAAUGUGGACGACUGACCACAGACAUGCGCUUCGCCCCGUUUUCCUGUCCGGAGAGGGGCUCCUGGAUCCAGGGGAGCCAGGACAAGAACUUCUCCCUGAUGCUGCAGGAGAGUCUGCAGCCGGCCUUGUGCCUUCACAAAUACCCCCGCUCCCAGAUUGAGGUCAACGUCAUGGUCCUGGAGAACAGCGGUUCGGUUCAGGCCCACGCCAUCACGUGCGCCUCCCUGGCACUGGCUGACGCGGGGAUUGAAAUGUACGACCUGGUGCUGGGCUGCUCCAUCCGACAGGAUGGCUCCUCCUACGUGGUCGACCCCACUUACUCAGAAGAGAGCAACUGGAGCAGCAGCGAACACCAAGGAGGGCUCACCGUGGCGUUUCUCCCCAGCCUGAACCAGGUUUCCGGCCUGCAGUCGGAUGGAGAAAUGGCUGAAGAGACUCUGACGGCAGGGAUUCGGACCUGCAUUGAGGGAUGUUACAAACUGUACCCAGUAAUCCAGCAGGCUUUGGUUAAGGCUGUGCGCAGAGCGCAACCCCCACCACCCGAAAGCUGAGAGGCAAAGUCAACACUAUUUUUUGUCUGAGUCUUCAACAAGAACUUUAAAAUUCAAAACAGUUUUUCACCUUGUUUCUUGAUCUGAGGUGAAAGGAUCCGCCAGCGUCCCCCUGAUCUAAGAAACAGAUUGAUCCUAUUUAUUCAUUUCUCCACCGUCUGCCUGCAGGACAAAACUUUGAGUCAGUUUGUUGA